UUUACCAUCUCUAACGAAUUUACCGGUUUAAAAAAUAUUUGUUUGUCGCAGUUUUUUAAUUCAACUUUCAAUUAAAUUUUAAAAAUUACUAAAUUUUAUAAAGAAAAAUACCUUCAACAAACAUGAGAACUACCACACCACCCACACAAAUGCUUAAUUUUACUGAGCAAAUCAAUUGUUUCGAUAUUUGCCAAACAGACUUCGCAUCUAACCUCAUUUGUAUUGCGGCUGAGAAAAAGCUUAUUUUGGGUUUAGUGAGAUUUCCAGAAGAAUCCGAAAGUGAACAAUUUGAAUGGGAACGUUUAAAGGACAUCUACCAUGAAACUCGCUGUCAUGCCAUAUGCUUUGCACCCGAGACUUCUCUAGUGGCCAUACCCAAAACGGUGACCUUUUGUGCUGCCGGUGCUGAUUUUCUACUGCGCGUUUAUCGCACCGAUAUGCAAAAUACCGAUACUGUACAAACUUUAAAGGCUCAUACAAAUUAUGUCAAUGAUAUUGCCUGGGAUUGUGAAGGUGAGUUCUUAGCUUCUGUUAGUGAUGAUCACAGCUGUAAAAUCUGGAGUCUGGAAUCACAUUAUGAAAAUGUUAUAACAUUUUGCCUAUCAUCGGCUGGCAUGUCGGUGAAAUGGCACCCGGAAGAACCACACAAGGUUUUGGUGGCCGAAAAGAAGGGUGUAGUGCAUAUGUAUAAUGUUAAAUCACAACAGGCCAUCGUUUCGCUGGAGACACCCAAAUCUCCCCUCAUGUCCGCCGACUGGUCUUUAAAUAAUUGCCAUUUUAUAACAGCAUUAGCUGCAGGGGAGAUUAUCACCUGGGAUUUAUCCAGACGUCCCUGUUCACCAUCCGAUGUUAGACAAAUCCAUGAAGAUGGUGGUCGUGCGGUAUGCAUGUCUCCCACCUCGGAAUAUGUGGUAGCCAGUGUGGGUCGUCCUGAUAUUACCUUAAAAGUAUAUUCCACCAAAACGUCAGUGCCUUUAUUGGAGGCUCCUUUAAAAUUAUUUGCUGGCUUGUGUUGGCAUCAUCGCCUGCCUUAUGUGGCAGCCGCCUAUGAUCGUAAGUUGUGUUUUUGGAAAGUACAAUUUAAAUAGAAUUUAGUAAACAAAAAUGAAAGAAUUUUA